AUUUCGAGUUGUCGAGCUUCCAUCGCGAAGGUAGUUGGCAGCUAAGCACGUCGGCAUUGGUCGUAUCAGCAGCAGCAGCAGCAGCAGCAGCAGAAACCCUCCGUCAUCACGGCGCAACUUCAUUCUACGGCUCCGCUAUUUCCAUUCCGGUGGAUGCCCCUCCCGUCUGAUUAGACCGUUCAAUAGCUGGUACAAAACAGUCGCAGCGACGAACCCGCGCAGAACAAUGGCUGCACCGGCCAGAACCGCCGCCGCCAGCCUCUCGGCCAAGGCGCUCACGCAUGCCAGCAACCCGGGCCGACAACUCCUGGGAUCCAAGACCGCCGUGGUGGUGACGGCAGGCACCAUGGACAAGACAGUGAAAGUGCGGUUAUGGGGAUCUAGGUGGGAGAAGCAAGUGCAAAAGAGCUUCCAAGUCCCGACCUACCACCUAGUGCACGACCCCAACAACUCGGUGCGCCAGGGCGACGUGAUCAACAUCUCGGCCGGCUGGCGCGCCUCGCAGCACGUGCGGCACAUCGUGCGACACAUCAUCGCGCCCCAUGGGCCCCCCAUCGACGAGCGCCCUGCAGUGCUGAGCGAGACCGAGCUGUACGAGAAGUACGCCGGGACGCGGGAGGCCAAGCUGGAGAGGAGGGCUGCCAGGGACGCCGAGACCAGGAAACAGAGAGAGGCCGAGAAAGCCGCCAAGCUCGAGAGGAGGGCGCGCAAGGAAGAGUGGGAACAGAGCAGGGAACAGGCCAAGGAGAGGAAGCUGCAAGAGCUCCGGAGCACUGUCGGCGAUGCGGAAUGAAUAACUACCGGACAGCAAACAGGUUAGGGGUGCCCAGUACGCCAGUACGCCAGUACUGCCAAGCCGUGGAGGCUGUCGUUGUCUUCACCCCAUUGUCGGUGCGGAUAAAGUGUAUAUAUCGUGUACUAUAUUGUACAGCGGCCUGCAGAAGCCGCAAAAUACAAAAAAAGUCAAGAGC